UUAUAUGCAGCUUCAGACGCGUGUCAGAUUUUUCAAAACAUGGCAGACUUUAUGAAGUUAUUCGUGGCACAGGCUCAAGAAAAUUUAACAGAAAAUGCAGCUAAUGCAACGACGAAGACGCCGGGCACUCCUGAAGGUAUGGUCGUGGCUUACGGGAGUCUCGUGAUCAUGGCUAUAUUGCCAAUUUACAUCGGUUCCUUCCGAUCCGUAAAUUUCCAUAAGGAAAAUAAAGCUGAGAAGAUGACUACGAAAGAUGCAAUGAUGUUCCCCAUAAUGGCCUCCUGCGCUCUGUUCUCUCUUUACAUCGUGUUCAAGCUGUUCUCCAAAGAGUACAUAAACUUACUGCUGACCGGUUACUUUUUCUUUUUGGGCAUCUUGGCCCUCACUCAUUUAUUAAGUCCUUUGUGUAGUAAGCUGAUGCCAAGCGCGAUUCCCUUCGAACAGUACAAUCUGUUGUUCUGUCAAGGCACAGGCAGCAAAGCAAAAGACAUUAUAAACUACAAUUUCACGUCUUAUGAUGUCGUCUCCUUGGCAUGCUGCUCGGUGUUCGGUGCUUGGUAUCUGUGGCAAAAGCAUUGGAUUGCCAACAACCUGUUUGGAUUCGCUUUCGCUGUAAAUGCUGUUGAAUUGCUGCACUUGAACAACGUUGUCACCGGUUGCAUUCUGUUAUGCGGUUUAUUCUUGUACGAUAUCUUCUGGGUGUUCGGUACAGAUGUUAUGGUAACCGUUGCCAAAAGCUUCGAAGCUCCGAUCAAACUAAUUUUCCCGCAAGAUCUUCUCACCAACGGAUUAGCUGCCAACAAUUUUGCUAUGCUUGGUCUGGGUGAUAUCGUCAUCCCCGGCAUCUUCAUCGCCCUGUUGCUUCGAUUCGAUCAAAGUCUUAAGAGGAAGACGAAUACCUACUUCUAUGCGACGUGCUUCGCUUAUUUCUUAGGUUUAAUGACGACCAUUCUGGUUAUGCACAUUUUCAAACACGCUCAACCCGCCCUUUUAUAUUUGGUACCUGCGUGUUUAGGAACGCCCCUGUUGCUCGCUUUGAUUAAAGGCGAUUUGAAGACUAUGUUCAAAUACGAAGAUACUCCUGAAGAGCAAUUGAAGGAGGAAGCCGAGAAAAACAAGAGCGAAGUCAAGAAAGUGAAAUAAAUUAACCAGGAAAUUCUAUAUGUA